UGUCAUUCUUCAAGCAGAUAGAUGGUGAUUAUUACUUGUAAGUGCUUGGAACAUGAUCCAAAGUGACAACCAAAACCAGUACACAGCGGAUAUCAUUAAAGAGCUGUGCACAUGUAAUGGAUUGUCUUAUGAGAAAGUUGAUCAGGAAGGACCAGAAACUGCAGUGCUGGAGAUGUUUUUCUCAGGUUAUCCCAGAAUAGUAGGCAUGUCUUUUUUCCCAAAUUUAACAACUCUGACUCUCGUUGGACAAAGCAUUCAAAAGAUUUCAGACCUGGAAUAUUGCCCAUUACUCAAAGAGCUAUGGAUUUCUGAGUGUUGCUUAACGAAAAUUGAUAACCUGCAAAACUGUGUUGAUCUGGAGAAGCUUUACCUGUACUGCAACAGGAUUUCCAGAAUUGAAAAUCUGGAGAGUCUAAUCAAGCUGAAAGUAGUUUGGUUGAAUAAUAAUCAGAUUAAGGACAUAGAGGGUUUGCACAUGCUGCAGAAUUUAAAGGAGCUUAAUCUUGCUGGAAACUUCAUAGAAGCCAUUGGAAAUUGUUUUGACUUCAACAAGCAAAUGGAAAUAUUAAACCUCUCUGGGAACAGGAUAUGCUCCUUCAAGGAACUUACCAACUUGGCAAUGCUCCCUCACCUGAAAGAUUUGGGACUGAAUGAUCCUCAGUAUGAGCCCAAUCCCAUCUGCCUGCUCUGUAAUUAUGCUACUCAUGUGUUGUAUCACAUGCCUCAGCUUCAAAGGCUUGAUACAUAUGAUGUAUCCCACACCCAAAUCAAGGUCCUGGCAGAGACUACAGCAACGAAAAAAAUAAUGUACUACAACAUGCGUAUAAAAAGUGUUCAUAGGCAGCUCAAUGAGGAACUUGAAAAACUAAAGGAAAGAAAAUGCAAAUUACAGAAAUUGCCAGAAGAUCGAAUAAAAUUGAUCAGCUGCACCAUAAAACACCUGGAACGUGAAUUGGCAGAGCUGCAGACAUCAGACAAAAUCCAGAGCAACAGAUCAUCUGCUGAGAGUAAACAAACUGAUAUUGAAAAUGUGGGCGAUGAGAGUGAUUACACAGAUGAGGCCAAUGAGGAGCCAAGUCUUGAGGAGAUAUUUUCUCAGAAAUUAGAUGCUCUGAGAGAAAGGAUGACAUUCUGGAACAGAAAACUGGAUGAAAUUGAAAAAAUAUACCAGAUGGAAGUUAAAAAGAAGAAGAAAAGCAAUAGUUUAGUAGUGCAGUUUUUACGGACUGAAUUGGAAACAGUGGGAAACACAUGUUUUGAAGAAGGUUCAUCAACUGAUUCCUGGUUUAAUUCCUGCUCAGAUCUAAUCCUGUCCCGAUUUUGUGCCUGGGACUUCAAAGUGUAUGGUAUCACAGGAGUGAAAAUAAAUCGCAUCUUUAGAGUGCACAACCGUAUUCUGGGGUUGAAAUUUGAAGAGAAGUUACAAAUGCUGCUGGAUAAAGAAAAUGUAAAUGAAACAGAAAACUACAGGAAGAUGCUGGAUUAUCUCUUUUAUGUCUUUGACCCAAAAUUGCCAGUAAAGAAAAAGCAACUGCUGCAGAUACUUGAGGAUGGUUUCCAGAGAAUGGAAGAACACAAGCAGCCUAACGGGGAAGAAGCCGUUCUCCUCUCUAACAGUCUAAGUAUAUCUGAAUGUCCCAGAAUAGAAUUCUUGCAACAACAAGCUGAGGCUGAAGGCAAAAAUAGCAGAGAUCCUGAGGAACCAUUCAGGCAUGGGAAACUCAUACUUGCCAAAGCUUUUCUUGGCCGUAGUGCCCCAGCGCGUGAGAAGGAUUCCAUCAGUCAAGUCAACUAUCCAGGCGUUAAUUCGGUGUUCCGGCCUUGGAAGCAUUUACAAAGUGGUACAUCUGCUUUUGAUACAGAAGCAUGUUCUUCCUUGGAACACACAAGCUGUGAUUGCAGCCUUCGGCGGUGUGAGUGGUUUGUGUUCGAUCAUGAGCUGGUCUUGCCGGAAUACCUCAUUGAAUUUGAGUACAUUACGCUGGUCAAAAUUCAAUCCUUGUUCUCUAUACUCAACAACGUGAUUGUAGAAGAAGGAAACAGAAACACGGAAGGAUUCAUACUGUCUCAUGACUUGCAACUGGACAAUGAAGCACUAAAUAUGGAGCCUGCAGUAAAGGCCAGACCAAAAAUUGUUUGCUUGGAUGAAAAAACAGUGCUUUCAGUUGCUAAGGCCAAUAUUUACAGCCAAAUCAUGGUUCUCAAUUUGCAUGGGAACAGCCUGAGCAAACUGCGGGACAUCCCUAGACUGAUUGGGCUUCGAAAGCUCAUUGUCAGCUUUAAUGAAUUUACUUCAUUAGAUGACAUUUGCAACUUGCCCAACCUGGAGUAUUUUGAUGCAAGCCAUAAUCAUGUGAUCACACUGGAAGGCAUUAGAGGCUUGAGCAAACUGAAGUACUUUGACCUGAGCUGGAAUCAGCUGAAAAAGACUGGGGAAGAAAUAAAUGUCUUACGUAAACACACUCCCAACUUACUCAGUCUUGAUAUCAGACAUAACCCGUGGCAUAAGCCAGGCUCAUUGCGUCUGAGUGUCAUUGGCCGAUUAAAGGCACUUACUCAUUUAGACGGGGUCCUGAUCACAGAAGAAGAGGCUGCAGAUGCUGUGCGUUAUAUCGCUGGGUCCAAGAUCACACAGUCAUCUCUGUUAGAAAACUCCAGGACUGAUGAAGAGAGGCGACACGUUCUUAGUGUAUUCUCUUAUGCCAAAAUUCUGACCCAGUUUAGCAAGAACAGAGUGGAUUUGCAGACACAGCUCAAGAGCAACUGGUAUUCUAUGAUCACGGUCUUAGAUUUUGAUGGACAACAUCUCUCCAAAAUUGCCAACCUGGAGAAACUGGGGAAUUUAAAAUGGGCAUCUUUUAGCAACAAUAAUCUAACUAAAGUAGAAGGAUUGGAAUCUUGCCUCAACCUUGAAGAGCUCACGCUGGAUGGAAACUGCAUUUCAAACCUAGACGGAAUUUCAAAACUCACCAAACUAACACGACUUAGUGUAAAUAAUAAUCUUCUCAUCAGCCUGGAGAGACAUGUGUUUGACAACCUGUCUCAUCUUCAUUACCUCUCUCUUGAGAGCAACAGAAUCACCUCAUUGGCUGGUUUGCAGAAAGCCUAUGCACUAAUAGAACUCUACAUAAGCAAUAACUAUGUAUCUACCAACCAAGAGAUAUAUCACUUGAAGGGUUUAAUUAAUCUGAUAAUACUGGACAUGUAUGGUAAUCUAAUUGUGUGGAAACAAGAUAACUACCGCUUGUUCGUAAUUUUCCAUCUCGCAUCACUCAAAGCCUUAGAUGGUGUUGCUGUUGAGCCAGCAGAAGUCGAGAGUGCCAAGGAUUUAUUUGGUGGUAGACUGACUUGUGAUACUAUUGCAGAAAGAUUAGGGCAUUCCAACUUCACUAAAAUGCAAGAAUUAAACUGGACAAGCUCCACCAUCAGAACGGUGGAUCUGGUGCCAGCUGAUCAAUUUAGAAACGUCUGCAGUGUGAAUUUGCAGAACAACAAUCUCACCUCUUUCAGUGGCUUAGUCUUCCUGCCUAACGUCAAGGUAUUGUGUCUGAACUACAAUCACAUUGAGUCCAUAAUGCCCAGACAAAAGUCCCAAAGCCAUUUAACAAACAGGCAGCUGCUGUACCAGAAAGUGACCUCUAGUGGCUAUGGGCAGCAAGGACUUUCUAAAGGAAGCAGGGAUGCGGGAUUUGGUGAAAACCUGCCUCCAAUAAUGCAGAGUUUAGAAGUUCUGCAUUUGGGCUACAAUGGAAUUAGCAACAUGACCCAACUGCAGCUCAGUAGACUGAAAAACCUGAAGUUUCUCUUUUUACAGGGUAAUGAAAUCAGUCAGAUUGAGGGGCUUGAGGGCCUACAGCUUCUGGAGGAGCUGGUGUUGGAUCAUAACCGCAUUAAAACGAUUUUGGAAAGCUCCUUUGCUAAGCAGAGCUCCCUUUGUGCACUUCACCUGGAGGAAAACCGAAUACGAGAGCUGAACAAUUUGCAGUCGUUGGUAAAACUGCAGAAACUUUUCCUGGGAUAUAAUAAAAUCCAGGAACUAUCUGAACUGGAAAAACUUGAAGUUAUUCCUAGCCUUAAAGAGCUUUCAAUAUCUGGAAAUCCAGUGUCUCGCAAAGGGUUCCACCGCCUAUUGCUUGUGUGUCGACUGCCAAACCUCCAGGUGUUAGAUGGCACUGCAGUGAGCACGGAGGAGAGGGUGAAAGCAGAGCUCCAUUUAAUAGAACAGCAGGGCUUCCCAGUUGCAACCUCUCCUUUGGAGUCUGGGUUUUCUGGAUUCCCAGCUACCUUCCAAAAACCUACUUCCCUCAAAAUAACAAACGUGAAUAUGCUUGAAGGCAUCAACCACUUUUUUGGACCUGACCUUACGUUUACUUAUGCGGUUGAAGAACCUUUAUGGAAUGAAGCAAAUAAAACUAAGAAAUCUAAGAACCCAGGAAUGGCGACAAAUAAUCCUCGAAGUGCCCACCCAGAAAUAGCUCUCAGGCAAAUCAGAGGAGCAGCUGCUAAUCUCCUAAGCCAUCUGACGUAUCAGAGCGGUACGUCUCGAUCUGCACCAGCACACCAGAGCGGCAAGGAAAACGAGGGCAGGAGGCCCGCCAAUAGCCCCUCCAGGCAAACCCGAAUGUAACUUUCUGUAGGAAUAAUGAGCACGAGUGAAAUAACGUGCCAGCUUCUUCCUUCGUGUUCCUUCACAAACUACAGGGGAGCUACACCAGGGGUAAUUUAGUCCAUUCUUCUUAGGUUCACAGUCGUGGUAUAAAAGCUCAUAACAAAUGGUGUGAAAAAUGUGAAUGAACUCCUUGCAUUCUGCACAGUGUGAGUUAAUUACUCUUCAGUUUUACUGAACUCGGUGUGUCAUCUCGCAAAGGUAGAUAGGGAAGAAAAAUGUCAGUGUGUAAGUAGCUACAUUCUUACACAGGAAAAACUCCCACCUACAUCCACUGCCCUGAAAAUAUGCCGGGAGGGGGGCGUAUUAUGGAAACUGCCACUUCAUUAUAGUACACAUUUGGGUUUUUUUAUCCACAGCAACCUUUUCACAUACACAUGCUCACACGCGUGGCCACUGAAGUCAAUAGAGGUCACUCAAGUAUUUCUGAAGCCAGAAUAUGACCUGUAAUUUUCAUAUCCCCAUUAGACCUGCUUCUUACAUUUUUAUUUUUUAGAAGUAUUCAGUGACAACAAUUAAAAUCCCACAGGAUAUUCCUAGAGUAGGAUUGUACUGUAUUUUUUUAUAACAAACAUUUAAGAUACCACAGAGUAUCACCAGGAUAAAUGCCAAAAUGCCAGUAAACUACUGAUCUACUUUAAUAAGACUAGCUGCAUGGCUAUUUAAAAAGUCAUCUGAAUAAGUGACCAGGUUACAAAUUAAGCAUUAGAAGGCUUUAUUAAAAGACUUUAGGAUACUUGUUCUAAUGGAAUAAAACGAGCUGUUCAUCCCAAGCUUUAUGUAAUGUGCAUGAUGUACAUUUUUCAUGUUGGGCCCCAAUUAUAUGGCUGCUAAAAAAUUAGUGGAUUGUCUUAAAAUUGGAGUCUCUUAAUAUUUUGGUAAUCCACCUCUAAUAGUUGUCAACUGAGUAUCUUUUUAACAUGAAAUCAGCCAUUCAGUUAAUACAUUUGUAUUUUUCCCUUGUAAGCACUGUGGAUUUGUAAGAGGACAACGGGGUUUCUUACACUUUGCAGCAGAUGUACCGAUGGAUACUCAGCAAUAGCUGCUGCACAGGGUGGCAGCAUUCCUGUUUAUGUGGGGCACAUUUUUGGGUUGUUUUCUUUGUUCUGUGUGGUGGUGAUGUGAGCAGUUCACAGAACAGCCACGAGGUGUCUUUGUUGCACUGUGAAUUUCCUGCAGCCUGUCUGCUGGCGGCUUGUUGGAGCAGAUGCUGCUCUCAUGCACAUCUAUGGAAAUCUGGAGUAGCUCCAUUCACUUCAGCAGUUAUUUGGAGUGAGACAGCUCCCUGUGAAAGCCCUAGGCCUGAGUCUUGCCACUCUGAAGGCACUGGCUGACUGCUGUGCAAUCAAUAGGGUUGAUUUCUCCACCAGCAGCUCACCCAUGGAUGGUCAAUACCCACUUAGGAUGGGACUCAGAGCUUGCAGUGUAGAGUAGGACGUGAUGCAGACAACACAGAGGAGAAGAAGGGGAAAUGUGUGUCUGAAACGGGGACACUGGGGGUGGCAGUCUGUUCCCCUCUGUGCUUCUAAGUGGCAGUUCCAUAGCCAUGUCCCUGGGCAUUUUUGGCUCUCUCUCUGCCCUGUGGAUGCACAACCGUGCACACCUAGACCUAGCACGCUCAGCAGACUAUGCAGUGGCUGGACAGGUACAUGCAUUCUGUUCAGAAACCUCCGGUGCCAGGUGAGCAGUUUUUCUUUACAUAAAGCAGUUAAUGCCCAGCUUGAUCCAAUUAGAAAUGCAGCUGCUCUGGCUUCAGUUCUGUUGAGUUUGCUCCAUUUCUCUCUGCCUUGCAUAGAUUUUUACACCUCCAUCUUUUAAAUUCUGCCUAUUUCCAAUUUAUUUUUCUUCUAGCAGCAUAGAGCUCUGGAAGGAAAACAUCAGGCUGUUUUUUGGGUAUUAGCUGGAUUCCAUCGAUCCGCUGUUCAGUCUCAUUUUAUUAACAAAAUAUUUCCUUCCUUUGUGAAUGACAGGGUAGCUCAUGUUGAUCAAAGAUAGAAGCAACAUAGCAUCCAGUGCAGUGACAUCCCAAGGGCUUUUACACGACAAAUGCACUGAGUCAUAAGGCAGCUGACUGCCCUCAGGGACCUAAAACUACGUCUGUCAAUCUGAGGCAAUUUGAUUUCUAGCAGGGAAAUGUGUGUUAAUCUUUUUUAAAUUUACCUCCCACCAAAAAAAAAGUUCUGAUGCUUGUUAAUACUUGUCACCGGCACUCUCUGUGCACCCCAACUAUUUGAAAACAUUAGUCGUAACACUGAUAAACCGAGGCCACGCGAGAGCAGCAAAAUUGAAAAUGAAGUGUCCUGAUACUUCCCUGCUUUAGUGCGAAGCCAGAGUAGAACUGGGAACAUCUCACACCAUUAUCUCAGCCCAUGGACAGACAGACGUCCCCGUCUCCUGCCCCUCCUUUGCUAUCUGGUUUUGUGUAAGUGUGACUAGCUGUUGCUCUUACUGUUGUGACGAAGAGUGGAGCAGCACCAGUGGUGAACAAUACCUGUCCCCUUGACUGAUCUUAGACUGGGCCCAGACAGGCAAACAAGCUACAGCAAGGGCUCUCUUUAAUUAGGUUACUGGUUUUUAGAAAAGGGAUAAACUCCAGUGAAAGAGCCCAGACAUGGAUUUAGAGGGUGACAGCAGAGAUGCACUCAGUUCCUUGUCUGGAUGCCCCCCCAGUUUUCUAAACACACCUACUAGCCCAUGCUGUUGGAAGGGUAUCUGACAGCAGCCUUGGUAUGUCUUUGCCAUCCGUGUAUCAUUCAUUGCAUUAAAUAGGCUACAUUCCACUGAAAGAAAUGGAGUUGCACCUACAAAUGCCAAAGGUGAAUUUGGCCCAGUACGUUCCCGUAACAUUACAUCAGAGAUUCAUUUUUGACCCUCUAUGUCCAUCAAAGUUAACAGGAAAGCAGCCUAAGAUAUGAAAGAGUGGAUCUUGGGUCAAAAAGUCUCCAUGCAUUGUUCAAAACAUCCUUUACAGCAGGGGUGGACAAAAUACGGCCUGUGGGCCAUAUCCAGCCUGCAGGUCCCUUUCCCCCAGCCGACCCAGGUGCAGGGGGCAGCCCGGGCUGUGGUGCAUGUGGCCAGUCCCACUGCCCCCUGGACACACAGGUGCCACCUGGCGCAGCCUGCUCUGUCCCCAUGCUUGGUUCUUGAGCACGCCGGGAGCUGUAGUCCGUGGGGCUGGGCAGUGGGGCAGGAGUGGCACAACAGCUGGACUUGGCUUCCUGGCAGCCCCUGACACCCUGCUGCCUGAGAGCAGGUGCAUGUCCCACUGCCGCCACUGCCAGCCCUCAGCCCCACUGCCCAGGCACCCCAACCCAUUCACCCCUCAUCCCUGUGAGGGGUGCCUGAUGGAGUCUUGUGGGCAGGGUGUGCUUGGCUGGGGCUGCAGGCAGGCAGGGAGCACGUCUGAGAGUGGGAUAGACAGGUGGUAGCCGCAGCCAGGGCCAGGAUCUCAGGGCAGUGACAGCACAGGGUCAGGGCCUUGAGCAGAGCAACGUUCCACUUCCUGCCUGUCCCUGCAGCAGGUGUCAGUUCCCUGCCCUGCGAUUCCCCGUGGAACUGGCGCCCGUCACAAAGAUGAACGUGGAGCAGAUCACAGCUCCACACUGUCACCACCCUGCAAUCCCCUUCCCAGCCAGCCUGCUCCUGGAUGUUGCUCCUACACCGGUCUCCACAGAGAUGAUACCUGCCCACCCGCUUCAUCCAGCACCCCGGCGAUGGGUGCAGGAUGGAUGGGCCUGGGGCUAGAUAGGAUAAAUCGGCAUCUCCCUAGGCUGCCCCCACCACUCUGCACUAGGCUAGAUGGUGAAAACAUCUGUGAUAGGGGGCCAAUGCCAAGGUUAGCACCCCCAGCCCUCCAGCCCUCUAGAGCUCACCAAAUCUCCUUAAGCGGCCCUCCAGCCCAAAUAAUUGCCCAACCCUGCUUUACAACCAGGCAUUUUAGAAGCAUUCACAUGACAUCAUAUAUUUGGACUUUAAAAAAGCCUUUGACCUGGUGUCCCAUGAUGUCCUCAUGGAAAAAUUGGGCAAGUGCAGCCUCGACUACUCCACAGUCCGAUGGCUGGAGAACUGGCUCCAAGGUCAGACCCAGAGAGUGGUAGGUGACCGAACCGAAACAACAUGGCACUCGGUGACUAGUGGCAUCCCCCAAGGCUCUGUUCUUGGACCUGUACUCUUUAAUGUAUUCAUAAAUUAUCUGGACACUGGUGUCAAAAGCGGACUGGCCAAGUUCACUGAUGACACCAAACUUUGGGAAAGAUUGUCCACACUUGAGAGUAGGCUGGUGAUCCAGGCCAACCUCGAUAGGCUUGCAAGGUGGGCAGAUGAAAACCCGAUGGCAUUCAGUACAGAGAAAUGCAAGGUGCUCCACCUCGGGAAUAAAGACCCUUGUCACACUUACAAACUUGGCAGUGCUACACUUGCUAGCACCAUGAUCGAAAGAGACUUGGGGGUCAUGACUGACCACAAGAUGAACAUGAGCCACCAAUGUGACACCACAGCCAGCAAAGCAAACCAAACUCUGACUUGCAUCUACUGAUGCAUCUCAAGCAAGGAUGUCAUCCUCCUGCUGUAUAUGGCCUUGGUGAGGCCCCAGCUGGAGUACUGCAUCCAACUUUGGGCUCCGCAAUUUAGGAAGGACGUGGAGAUGUUUGAAAGAAUCCAGAGGAGAGCCACACACAUGAUCAGAGGACAAGAGAACAGGCCUUAUGAAGAGAGGCUGCGAACCAUGGGGCUUUUCAGCUUGGAGAAGCGCAGGCUCAGGGGCAAUCUGGUGGUAGCCUAUAAGUACAUCAGGGGUGUGCAUCAGGAUCUGGGGGAACAUCUGUUCACCAGAGCACUGCAAGGAAUGACAAGAACCAGUCACAAACUCCUGGAAGACUGUUUUAGGCUGGACAUAAGAAAAAACUUCUUUACUGUUCGAGCCCCCAAGGCUUGGAAUAGACUCCCCCCAGAGGUGGUGCAAGCACCUGCUCUGCACUCUUUUAAGAAACACUUGGACAUAUAUCUUGCUGGGAUCCUUUGACCCCAGCUGACUUCCUGCCCCUUGGGCAGGGAGCUGGACCCGAUGAUCUUACGAGGUCCCUUCCAGCCCUAAUAUCUAUGAAAUCUGUGAAAAAGAAAUGAAGCUGGACUCUGCAGUGCCUGCAACUCUGUGAUCCCCUUGAGCACGUCUGUGAAAGUAGGAAUCAUGGGCUACUGCUUCAUUCUCUCUACCUGUGUAGCGUCGACAGUAAAAAAUCCCCCUCAACAAACUUGGCAUCUGUGUGCACAGACCCGUUUAAAAAGGUACCGGAACUGUGCCAUCUUCAAUAGGUUUUGCCUGUAAAGUGUCAUUCAUUUCAUCCAGCAUUUAAUUCUUCUAAAUGGAUGUUACUCUUCCUCCCAUUACGGAUCUCCCAGCUUUCUAUGAAAUAUUAUUUGCAUAAAAGGAACUGAAUAAUUUAUAGCUCCCUGUGAUCAGGGGCUGGUGCACUUCUUAGUAGGGGAUGGCUGGUAAUCCCGGCGAGUCGCACACGCGGCUCUUAGCUUGUUUAAUGGGAUGGAAACUGACAGGUUUUUCUUGUACGUCUGCUAUAGAACUCAUCGCUUCUGAAUGACCCCCGCGUACUUAGCUACUUUUCUUGUUGAUCUUGCUGCUCUUUUUCUCCAUUAAAGGGAGAAUUCUUAAAGGGAGCGAGCUGCAAUUUGAGUUCACGCUAUUCCAUAAAAUAAUAGGGUAGUUUAAGUCUGGCAGUUAUCUUGUUCUAUUAUAAAAUAAAAUUAAAAUAAAACACAAAUUAAAAUGAAUUGCAUUGCUAAAGGCAAUGCUAUAUUGCCAUGGCAAGGGUUUCCACUGAACAGACCUAAAAGCUGGUAUUAUAUAUAUACACACACACACGCACACAUACAUAUACUUGCGUACAUAUACAUGUACAUAUAUAUAUAGAGAGAGAGAUCCCCUUCCACCACAAAAUCUUAAAAUAUAAUAUAUAUAGUUAUCUAUAUCUAUCUAUCUAUAGAUAUAUAUAUAAAUAUAUAUAGGCAACACUGUCAGCCUAAUUUCUUAUGGCUUUUCAUUUUUUAUGAAGUGUUUUCAAAAGACUUCAAUAUAUAUAGAGAGAGAGAAUGAGCUAUAUGAGCGUUGGUACACACCACGGUGUUUGGUCCUCGUUAAUUUAGCCUUAAAAAUUUUAACUCAUGUUAUUUUGUCUGUUUAACUCGGGUUAACAUGUCUAUAUAUCUCCAUAUAUAGAUAUCUAUAUAGAUAUCUAUAUUUAUUACAUUUUAAGAUUUUGUGAUGGAAGAAACUAGGUUUUUGGUUUUUUACAAAGCCUAUGUUAUGCUAAUUUUUGAGAAUUUUUUCCCCCUGACAUUUAAGGUCUUUCAGCAUGGUGGAGUUAUUGUCCAUGUGAAUGCAUAGAAAUCUUUCUAACAUUUUUAAAAAUCCCACAGUUAACAGAGCUAGCAGAUAAAACCUACUGGGCUUAAAAUGUAGUUGGUUGAAAAAGAAAGGUAUCGUGAGUAAUCUAAAAGCCAAGGAUUGUUCUGUUAGGGAAUUUCUAAUUUUUUUACUACUAAGAAAUAGCAACAUUGGGGAUGUUUGGAAACAGCUGGAAUGUCUCGUGUUCAGAGAGGGAGAUCUUGGCUGCUUUGACAAGUUGGCUGCCAUCUUCGAUCACAUCACUUUGGAUUUUGAAGCACUUGUUUUUCACUUUUGUGUGAAACCCUUAUGCUAAUUCUCUUUUUAAAGUGAGAUGCAUGUCCAUAUGCCCAUACAAGUUUCCCUGACAGAUGUGUGCUGUCCAGAAUUUCCUUGUGUUGGUUCGUUUGAAAAACAAAGUGUCUUUGUUAAUUAAUUGUCCAUAUACAAGUGUUAGACAUGCCUGAUGUCUUCAGCCAUUGCACAGAAGUGUUUGUGCUGGAAAAAGCCUUAAAGUUUCACUGUUUAACCUAACAAUUUUCCUCUAUUUGAAAGCAGACUCUUUAGUACAUCCUUCAGACCUGAGAAGUAUGUUGUUGUGCGUUUUAAAAAUUAUUUACAGCUACAAGGGCAAUAGCAGUAGUUGAAGAAGAAUAUUUUGGGAAUAAUUAUUUAAUUCUAAAACUGGAAAGCUACUAAAAUAAUAACAGUAUGAUCCAAAUAUCUGCUAGUUCUCUCUGUCUCUUCAAAACUGUUCCUUGUGUUCAGGGGCUAAAGGUCUUAAGUGACAAAAAGCUACAUUUUGGCACAUUUUGUUGAAAUGUCUUAAUAUUUUAUUCCCCAAUAUGCUUUAGACGUGUUUUUCCAAUUCUCACAAAAUAGGUAGCAUAAAACGCUAUUGAUAUAUGCCUGUAAGUUUUCAAUUCUUUCUUAUUCCUUCCCAUCAAUUUGGCUGAAAACAGGUAUUUGCAAACACUGGUAGCCUAAUUUCUUAUGGCCUUUCAUUUUUUAUGAAGUGUUUUCAAAAGACUUCAAUCAACCUUAAUGGUGCAUUUUUAGUUAAGGAAACAGAAUGGAGAGAAGUCAAUUUAAGCUCCCCAAUGAACAAGUGUGUAGAGGAGAAAAAGGCAUAAAUGGGUUUAGAAAACAGAGCCAGUACAAGUGAAAUGCAGCGAGCAGAGCACUCAGGGAAGCCACGAUACAAUGGAAAGAGUAAAAUACUGCAGAGCUUUUUAAACUAUAUACAAUUGGAACAAUGGACUGGACCCAGACAUCUAUGUUAAACUGUUAGGAGAUAGGUGAAAAGCAAGCUGCAAUUCUAUAACGGAGGCUGGAGAACACUAGAAUGGAGGGAUUUAAAGCCAGAGCAAAUGAAUGUAGGGUAGUUUAGGGGGAUAGAACUCGAGUCAAAAUUGACAUAUUUCACUGUUUAAUUUGCCAUGUAAAGAAUUGUCUCCUGGCUUUAUGUAUUAAAGCAUUAUUAGCACUAGUCUCUUUACCACAGCUUCCUUUAUGCAGCCUCUGAAAUAAUAAUACCUUCUCUGGGGCACCUAUUUUUACCAAAUCACUUUAAAAGCAUUGGAUAAUUAAGUAAUGUAGCCCCUGCAAGAAUACAUCGUGUAUCCACAAAAUACAUAAAUAGAUAUACACCUGGGAAAUGAUUACCCACUGAUUGCUUAAUCGCCUACUAUUAUUUAAACAGGGCAUUAAUAAUACAUAUUGUACAUUUUUCCAAAGUAUCUCAACCUUGCUGCUAAAGGGGUAAGUACAGAAACAUUAAAAAUCCAAAGGCAAAAUAAUUCAGCUCUGCUGAGCCAGUAUGAUGCAUGCUCUCAGUUGUCUGGGUCCAAUCGCCUCUUUAAAACAAAUUACAGUACAGUGUACUGGCAAUUAUUAUCACUUGUACUGUAGUGUAUCAAUUUAUAUGGUGCUUUUAUGCCUGCCUACAGGGGAGUGCAAUUGUUUUUAAUGUCUGCCUUAUAUUAGGAUUUCAACCCAUUUGGCUGCUUAAUGCAAAGAUUUCGUAAUGUACACAAGGUUGAGUAGCAUUAAGGCAGCAAACAUAGUGCUCAUUAGUCUUUUAACGGGAAUGUCAACAAGGAGAGGAAUUAAAGAGGAAAUCAUGGUCACUCCAAAAGAACAUCUGACUAACCUUGACAGAGGAUACGUUUCCCCCCUUUUUAUCCUCUUUGUGAUCCAUAAAGGAGGAUUUUUUCCAAAACAAUUAAUUUGGUUGCCAAACCCUUCUUAAUUCUAAGGAGAUUCAAAACUCAUCUACUUGGAGACUGUCUCAUGGAGAGAGACCGACAACCGGAUUACAAGACGUGCCGUCCCACGGUGGCGGUUCGCCUGGUAGCUGCUCCAGGAGGCAUGUCAUUGGACUGCGGGAAAGAGGAAGACUUAACUCCCCUAAAUCUUCUUUACAUUAAAUCUCCCUCCCACCUUCA